AUGUCAUUGUUAGCCCUCAUCUGCUUGACACUCAAGGAUGCCUUGGCUGCCCCUACCAGUGCUGUCACAAUCGCACCGCAUCCCGUCUUAUUUGCAAGCGCUCCUCCACUGGCCCCGCCGAUACAAUUGACACUCGAGAGCAGCGGUCAUCUGCGACCGCGCCACCGCAAAAUGCUCAUGGACUCAAGACCCGAGGAAAUCCGGAACCCUAUUCCCGACAAAAUGGAACGCAACCAUCAUAAGACUCGGAUACCAAGCCAGGAGCAAUUGAGCUUGAUCAAGAACUACAUCUCCGAUCACAUGGCCGGAUCGCCGUAUGUUCUUCAUCCAGACGGCUCGUUCUCCGCAAUCCAAAAACCCCCAGGUAGUUUGAAAUACUAUUACGGAAGAGUCGAGAUCUUCGACGAGGAAGGCUACUCGUUAUAUGAAACCCGCUGCUGCUAUGGCUUCCCGCGCUCGUAUUGUGCUUGUUUCUCAUUCUCAAAUUGCGCGGAAUGUUGUAUGACUUCUGCAGGCUGUCUAUGCGGGUUCCCGAUCGCCUUAGCGAUUUGUUCAGCUGGUACCGAUCUUAUUUGUGGGUCCGGUAGACUAAGCAGAGCUCUUGUCGAGGCCUGUCAGUAUGAAUUCGGAAGACUAAGUACCGCUGGCUACAACGCCUGGCAAAGGAUCCGAGCUGCACGAAACCCAGCAGUAUCGCCAAUUUCCUCCGAAAUUCAGCUUUCUUAA